UAAUAAGAGGGAAACGAAGAGUGAAUCAGUAAGUUAUAAUAAGAACAUUUACUCAGGAUCAUUACAUUAGUUAGAGGUUAAUAAGCAGCAUCAGAAUAUCUAAUAAAUUUUACCAGAAAAAUGCAGUUGCUCGUUACGAAUGGUAAGCAAUGAUAGGAAUAACAGAACUGUUCCGUGGUCAGAUAAUGAUGCAUGAUACAUCACAUGUAUGGAUGCUUCUUAACAUGUAUGGAAAAAGUGAAGAACAAAAGACACCAAGGAUUCUCACCCCUUCUUUUUUCCUGUGGAUCAACAGUUGCCGCUUGUUAGCAACAGAAGCUAAUGAGACAUUUUGAUGUUUCUCAAUAUCUUCAUAAUCAAGCAAAUCCAACAGUUGGACACCAUAUCUCGCUAUCUUAUAGAUGGAAUAGGUGCUAUAACAUACCAGAUUCUCCAACAUGGAUGGAUGGACCAGCAUCAAACAUAAAAGCUUUUGAGAUUCUUCUAGGUACAUGGCUGGAAUAAUUAACUGGAUUCUGAGCAAAAAACAUGUAUGGCCAUUUCACCCUUACUUGACGUUUGCGGUCUUGCUGAAAAUUGAGCCGUGUUUCGUAUGAACAAGAGAAGUAUGUGGGCCUCCUACUGAUAUUCCACCUAGUGGUUUGAGCAAUAUCUUCUUCUUCCAACACGUUAAACACCCAUCGUGCAUUAUAAAUAGCGUGCCCCUUGUUAUAAACUAUGAACCCUGGGCAAAUCUAGUUCUUGUGGCAAGAUAAAACCUUCAGCCCAAAAGAAUGUUUCCUGACCUCCACGUAACAACAGGGAUUAUUGGAAGUGUAGUCUGCUUUCUCCUCUAUGCAGCACCAAUAUUGACAUUCAGAAGAGUGAUAAAGAAGGGCAGCGUAGAAGAAUACUCAUGCAUACCAUAUAUCUUAACUUUGUUCAGCAGCCUCACAUAUACUUGGUACGGUCUUCCAGUAGUGAGCUCCGGAUGGGAGAAUUGGACUCUGUCCGGAAUCAGCUCACUAGGAGUGCUCUUUGAAAGCACAUUUAUCAGUAUAUACAUAUGGUUUGCACCACGAGAGAAAAAGAAGCUUGUCAUGAUGAUGGUAUCUCCAAUUCUAAUCAUCUUCGGCAUGGCUGUAUUUUUCUCAAUUUUCUCAUUCCACACCCACCAAAUGCGUAAAGUAUUUGUCGGUAGCAUUGGUUUGGUGGCUUCCAUAUUAAUGUAUGGCUCUCCGUUGGUAGCUGUGAAACAAGUUAUCAGGACGAAAAGUGUGGAGUUCAUGCCUUUCUACUUGUCAUUGUUUAGCUUCUUGACAAGUUUACUCUGGAUGCUGUAUGGGCUCCUUGGAAAGGAUCCUUUUCUCACGGCACCAAGCUUCAUUGGCUGCUUAAUGGGUAUUCUUCAGUUGGUCGUGUACUGCAUUUACAGCAAAUGCAAAGAAGCACCCAAGACGAAUCCUGAUAUUGAGCAAGCAGAUGAACUGAAAGUUGUAACUAGUCAAGACAACACGAAAGGACAAAAGCCAUAAUCUGAGACCUAAACUACCAUUUUGAGUAACAAAUACAUUUUCUUUUCGCUGGACAAAGUGUCUCUUGUAACCGCAUAAUGCGAGGAGAAAAUAAUAGUCUUCAGAUUAUCAUA